CUCCCGUCGCCUCGUCUCCACGACACGGGGUCCCCUUCGUCUACUUCCGCAAGCCCUGCUCCAGCUGUGACAUCAUCGCGGCCCACUUCCGGCCGAUCCCUGAAGGAGGCUCUCCAGCAGCGCGUGCAGAACGAGGAAGACCUAGAGAUCAAGGAGUCGCUGAACAGCCUCUUCACGAAGCUCUACGGAACCCCCAAGGCGGCGCCUCAGCCUUCCACUGAGUCUGCCACACCUAGCGCGACCACCAGCGCGAAGUUCGAGGAUCGCGCAAUCAACGAAAGGACACAAUCCAAUUUUUCGGAGGCAUCUGCUACCGGAGUACCGAGCCACGACGGCGCCGACCUCCACCGCAACUCGGCGCUCCCACCCUCUGCCGCCGCCAAGAUCCUCGCGCUUCACCGCUCGCGUCGAGCACGGCGCACCUCGCUCGGCGCCAUCCAGGAGAUCGAGGACGCGCUGCACACGCUCCAGGCAUCUUUCGCCUUCCCCACACAGCUCGACUUCUCUCCCUCCGCUGACUCUGAGAACCAGAAGCAGCUCGGCGCGCAGAACGGGCUGAUGUAUACGUCGAACAACCGCGCGGUGCACUCGUACGAGCACGCGCUGAACGCGCUGCUCGAGCGCCUCGAUGCGGUGGACAGUCGAGGCGACCUGGAGGUGCGCGGAAGGAGGAAGGACGUCGUGAGGGAGGUGGAGAACGCGUUGAAGGAAGUCGAGCGGAGGGUGGAGGAGAGCAGGGAGCGGAGUCGCGAGAGGGAGGGCGCGCGGACCCCCUUGGCGGAGGCUCCUGCGGCUCAGGAGCCGGAGCCUGUGCCCGCUGUCGACCCGUCCUCGCAAGCCGACGCUGUUCUUGCCGCCGGACACAAUGUCCCCGCGGCCGCGCCAGUCGCUGUGGCGAGCACUCAAACGGAGGACGUGCCAUCACCUGCUGUCGACCCCACGCCUGUCACCCAUAACGAUGCUCAGGAGUCCGCCAAUGACACGACCCACACAUCCGACGACGUGCCUGAGAACCUUGCUGCUCCUGAGACCCUCAGCAACCCGUCUUCGUUCUCUCAAGCUCCGGCAUCCCAUCCAUCCCCUCGUACCGUCGCCAACCUCUCGUAUGCUGCGUCCACUCUAGAUCUCCCGGUCGCGUCUGUUCUGUCCUCGCCCGCGGCUUCCUCUGUCGAGAGGCCUGUGCCCGAAGCUGCCUCUGAGGCGUCUCAAGAGCAAGACGCAACUCCUGUCAUUGAACCGACCUCGCCACAGCCCGAGAAUGUCGCCGCCAGCACCGAAGCGCACUCCUCCCUCGUCAACACGCCCUCGGACUCUAACACAUCCGUGGUACCCAUUGCGGCUUCAGCCGCUCCUCAUCCUGCUGCACUAGACUCCACACAUGCAGGUAGCGUACCUGAGGAAGACGAGGCCGAGACGUCCUCCGCCGCUGGCUCCGCUUCUUCCGAGAGCGGCGCUUACCUCCUGUCGUCGCACCCGCUCCAAGACCCUCCCCGCAGAUCGCCGUUCGAGUCCCUAGACCGCGAGGAGCCGCAGAUCGUGACACUCGCUGAGGCCGAGCCUGAGGUGGACAACAGCUCGGAGUGGUCUGAAGUCGAGGCGUGAGUCUCGCUGACAGCGUACUUUGGGUCGAUGGUCACUGUGGUUUUGUACUGUGAUACUAAUGUCUGGACGGCUCGGACACUGCAUUAUCAGGUACCUUAUUGCUUGCUUAUUGGGAUAGACGUGUACAGUAGCUCUCUUUGCUUGUUAUGUAUCAUGACAUUUGAGAGAAUCUUACAUACCACACUGCACUGCAAGUACGGU